AAGUGCUGGGCAUCUCUCCCAAGGUCCCCGGACUGCUACUGGCUCUCUGCUGAUACCCAAGAGAUGCAGCGGCUUUUGGCUCCAGCCAGGAGGGUCCUCCAAGUGAGAAGAGUGUUGCAGGAAGCUUCGCUCACACCUGCUCACCCGCUCUCAGCAGCCCAGCAGAGGUUUUUCACAAUCCCUCCUGCUCCCCUGGCUAAAACAGACACUUGGCCGAAAGACGUGGGCAUCCUUGCCCUGGAGGUCUACUUUCCAGCCCAAUACGUGGACCAGACUGACCUGGAGAAGUUCAACAAUGUGGAAGCAGGGAAGUACACAGUGGGCUUGGGCCAGACCCGAAUGGGCUUCUGCUCGGUCCAGGAGGACAUCAACUCCCUGUGUCUGACAGUGGUGCAGAGGCUGAUGGAGCGCACGAAGCUGCCGUGGGAUGCUGUGGGCCGCCUGGAAGUGGGCACGGAGACCAUCAUUGACAAAUCCAAGGCUGUGAAGACAGUGCUCAUGGAACUCUUCCAGGAUUCAGGCAACACUGACAUCGAAGGCAUAGAUACCACCAACGCCUGCUAUGGUGGUACUGCCUCCCUUUUCAAUGCUGCCAACUGGAUGGAGUCCAGCUACUGGGAUGGUCGCUAUGCCCUGGUGGUCUGUGGUGAUAUUGCGGUCUACCCAAAUGGUAACGCCCGGCCGACAGGUGGCGCUGGAGCUGUGGCGAUGCUGAUUGGGCCCAAGGCUCCUCUAGUGCUGGAGCAAGGGCUGAGGGGAACCCACAUGGAGAACGUCUAUGACUUCUACAAACCAAACUUGGCCUCAGAAUACCCACUGGUGGAUGGGAAGCUUUCCAUCCAGUGCUACAUGCGGGCCUUGGAUCGGUGCUACGCAGCCUACCGCAAGAAAAUUCAGAACCAGUGGAAGAAAGCUGGAAAUAACCAGUCUUUCACCCUCGACGACGUGCAAUAUAUGAUCUUCCACACGCCCUUUUGCAAGAUGGUCCAGAAAUCCCUGGCUCGGCUGAUGUUCAAUGACUUCCUGUCAUCCAGUGGUAACACACAGAACAACUUAUACAAGGGCCUGGAGGCCUUCAGGGGUCUAAAACUGGAAGAAACCUACACCAACAAGGAGGUAGACAAGGCGAUUUUGAAGGCCUCCCUGGACAUAUUCAACAAGAAAACCAAGGCCUCGCUUUACCUGUCCACGAACAAUGGGAACAUGUACACCUCGUCCCUCUACGGGUGCCUGGCCUCCCUUCUCUCCCAACACUCUGCCCAAGAAUUGGCUGGCUCCAGGAUUGGUGCCUUCUCCUACGGCUCAGGCUUAGCAGCGAGUUUCUUUUCUUUCCGAGUGGCCAAGGAUGCCUCUCCAGGUUCCCCUCUGGAGCAGCUGGUGUCUAGUGUGUCAGAUCUACCCAAACGUCUAGACUCCCGGAGGCGCAUGUCCCCUGAGGAAUUCACAGACAUAAUGAACCAAAGGGAGCAAUUCUUCCACAAGGUGAACUUCUCACCACCCGGCGACACAAACAACCUUUUCCCAGGGACUUGGUACCUGGAGCGAGUGGAUGAGAUGCAUCGCCGGAAGUAUGCCCGGCGCCCCGUCUAGAGGAGAUCCAUACAACAGUUCCUCGGGAAUGGAUCUGAGCUGCUGCCCAAACAGUGUCUGCAUAAAUUUCCACCCACGGCUAGCUGUAAAUAAUGAAUAGACACGGUAGCCCCAUAGGAUCUGCGGUGAAGAGCCACCAGGCUCAGUGGCUCCUUCGUGACUCUCCCUGAUGCCACCACUGCCACAGGCUCAUGUUGCUGUGGACCAGAGCUCCCCUGUGAAGAAUAUGGGAGAAAGGGGGACUGCUGACCCCCAUGGAAGUGGAUCAGUUGUCUUUUCCCACAUUCAGACAGCCCCACCAUUUGUUACGGCUCGUUAUCGGACUUCAAUGCUGUUGCAUUUUAUGCUCAUUACUUAAAAGUUUCCCGAGAAUGUCUAAAUUUUGUAUCUUGUCCUGAAAUAAUGUAUGGCAAUAAAAAUGAGGGAAGAGACGA